GUUACAGUUGAACCAGCCAGCAGCGGGAUCAUGAUUGCCGUCUGGGGAGCAUAGAUGUGCAAAACCCCUGGAGUAUCCAGCGCUGGAGAGGCCACAACCGACCACCGUGGAGGACUGUCUUCAUUUAGUCGUCAUAAGGGAAACUGCCACGGUGAAAGCAUGGCGGUAGAAGAGGAAGGUCUCCGGGUUUUCCAGAGCGUUAAAAUAAAAAUAGGAGAAGCAAAAAACAUCCCUCCUUACCCGGGGCCAAACAAGAUGAGGGACUGUUACUGCACAGUCAACCUGGACCAAGAAGAAGUCUUCAGGACCAAGAUUGUGGAGAAGUCACUUUGUCCGUUCUAUGGGGAGGACUUCUACUGCGAGAUCCCGCGUAGCUUCAGACACCUCUCCUUUUACAUCUUCGACAGGGACGUCUUCAGGAGGGACUCCAGUAUCGGCAAGGUUGCCGUGAAGAAAGAGGACCUGCAGAAAUAUCAUGGGAAAGACACCUGGUUCCAGCUACAACCUGUCAGCGCUGACUCAGAGGUGCAGGGAAAAGUGCACCUGGAGCUUCGCCUGAGUGAAGUCAUCACUGACAGUGGAGUCAUCAGCCAUAAACUGGCCACACGAGUGUUGGAGUGCCAAGGUCUUCCGAUCGUCAACGGCCAAUGCGACCCCUACGCUGCCGUGUCCUUACUAGGUCCUUCAAGGUCAGAAGCCAAGAAGACCAAGGUGAAGAAAACCAACAAUCCACAUUUUGAGGAGGUUUUCUAUUUUGAGGUGACGCGGCCACUGAGCUACACAAAGCGGCAGUUUGACGUCGAAGAAGAGGAUGUUGACAAACUGGCGCUGAGGGUGGACUUGUGGAACGCCAGCAACCUGAAGUUUGGGGAUGAGUUUCCUGGAGGGGUGCGUGUUCCCCUACGGGUCCUUGGUCAGGCUGGAGUCCACGAUGCAUGGUACUUUCUGCAGCCCAGGGAGAACGGAGGGAAGUCCGUGAAGGUCGAAGAGCUCGGCUCUCUGCGUCUGAACAUCGUUUACACCGAGGACCACGUCUUCCCCUCCGAACACUACACUCCCCUCAGAGAUCUGCUGCUGCACUCUGCUAAUGUCGAGCCUGUUUCAGCAUCCACAGCUCACAUUCUUGGGGAGGUGUGUCGAGAGAAGCAAGAAGCGGCCAUUCCUCUCGUGCGUCUCUUUCUUCAUUACGGCAAAAUAGUGCCUUUCAUCAGCGCCAUUGCUCAUGCUGAAAUUAACCGCACACAGGAUCCAAACACCAUUUUCAGGGGAAACUCGCUGACUUCUAAGUGCAUCGAUGAAACCAUGAAGCUGGCAGGGAUGCACUAUCUGCAAGUCACACUCAAACCAAUUAUAGAUGAGAUCUGCACUGAACACAAGCCCUGUGAAAUCGACCCCGUUAAGCUCAAAGAGUCAGAAAACCUGGAGACGAACAGGGAAAACCUUCGUCAGUAUGUAGACCGCAUCUUCAACGUGAUCACAACCUCCGGUGUUCGCUGUCCCACCGUCAUGUGUGACAUCUUCUUCUCUCUGAGAGAGUCUGCUGCCACCCGUUUCCAAGUUGACCAAGACGUCCGAUAUACAGCAGUGAGCAGUUUCAUCUUCCUGCGUUUCUUCGCUCCAGCCAUCCUCUCUCCAAACUUGUUCCAUCUGCGACCGCACCACCCGGAUCCCGCCACUUCGAGAACCCUCACCCUCAUAUCCAAGACGAUCCAGACCCUGGGGAGUCUUGCCAAAUCGAAAUCUGCCAAUUUCAAAGAGUCUUACAUGGCUGCUUUUUACGACUACUUCAACGAGCAGAAAUAUGCAGACGCUGUGAAGAACUUUCUGGACCUGAUCUCCACGUCUGGCAAAUGGGAUCAAAAGAGCAUUGAAACACCUAUUAUGCUCAAAGAGGGAUUCAUGAUAAAGAGGGCCCAGGGGAGAAACCGGUUUGGAAUAAAAAACUUCAAGAAGAGAUGGUUUCGUCUCACCAACCAUGAAUUCACCUACCACAGAACGAAAGGUGAGGGAGCUCUCUGCAGCAUUCCCAUAGAGAACAUUCUGGCUGUAGAGAGGCUGGAGGAGGAGUCUUUCAAAAUGAAAAAUAUGUUCCAGGUCAUACAGCCAGAGCGGGCACUCUACAUCCAGGCCAACAACUGUGUCGAGGCACGCGACUGGAUCGACAUCCUGACCAAAGUCAGCCAAUGCAACCGCAAACGCCUGAGCACCUACCAUCCUUCAGCCUACCUCAACGGCCACUGGUUGUGCUGCAAGCUCUCAGCAGACACAGCUCCAGGGUGCACGCCCUGCACCGGUGGCCUCCCAGCAAACAUCCAGCUGGACGUAGAUGGAGACAGAGAAACUGAGAGGAUUUAUUCCCUGUUCAGCACAUACAUGACCAAACUGAUCAAGAUGCAAGAGGCCUGUGGCAGUAAGUCGGUAUAUGACGGGCCCGAACAGGAGGAGUACUCCACCUUUGUCAUAGAUGACCCCCAGGAGACCUACAAAACCCUGAAGCAGAUCAUUUCAGCUGUGCAGAUGCUGGAACAGCAGCACACCAAGUACAAACGGGACAAGUUCAAGAAGACGAAGAUAGGCAGCCAGGAGCAUCCGAUUGGAGACAAGAGUUUUCAGUGCUACAUCCGCCAGCAGUCCGAGAGUUCCACCUACUCCAUCUAGCCGCAGCCUUGGAUCUGGUUUCUAUGAUGCUCAGAACCAGCAUAUUUUUCUCUACUGCAGAAAGAUCCAUCUGAACAAAGCUCUUUGUGUGGUAUUGAGUUUUAAAAGCAUUUUCCCCUUACAAUAAGCAAAGCAAACUAUGCCCCUGAUCUGCCCGGUCUUGAAAAAAUAUACCACUUUUAUGACUCAUUGCCAAACUCGAGGAGCCGUGUAUAUGGACUUCCUGCAGUUUCUCAAAGUGCAUCGCUCCAAAUUCGGAGAAACAGACCUCAGAUGUAGAAGAGAGAAAGGAAAAAAAAGAAAAGAGGAACAGUUGUGGAGGAAAGGAGGGAUAUGAGUGAAGAGAUAAUCACACCAUUCACCUGUUUGCGUCUCCUUUCUGCGACGUGACGAGAGAACAAACGUUUUCACUGGACAGUUCUGACAGUGACCAACACGCACUUUAAUCGCCUCCAAAUCUUCGGACAAACAAGCCUCGCAGCACACUUUCAGAAAGUGACUGUUAUCUCUUUGAUUUGUGUGCGGUUAUUUUAAAAUGUUUAUUUGAAAUGUUUCGUUUCUUUUGGCGUCUGACAGACCAAACUCUAGACAAAAGGAAGGACUGUAACUUUUCCCCUCUGCAGGUGAUGUUGUCCCUGUGUACCGUUCACUUUCUAGCUUUGCCCACAGCCUCCUCAGGAUAGACGCUCGAGGAGACCCACAAAGGGAUUGUUGGGACCAAUCGCAGCCCAAGCGGCUUCAUUUAAGCUAUCAAAAGGCACUCCACGCACAAUUUUAGCCUGCAUUUUAAAACCCUGUUAACAGAUGUUUCCACGUUUUGUUUUGAAGCUUUGUUCUGUUGUGGUUGGAUAUCGUGCCCCAGUGUAACCAGUAGCCAGGUUAAGUUAAAGGAAUAGCAUGGCAUUUUUUUUCCUCCUACCUACACAGAGUAUGCUGUUUAGUCUUGAAUCCAGGAAACUUAAUUAUGUCAUUCAAAGCUGAUUUCUGUAGAUGCAGAAAAUGUGCACAUGAAACAAGGAUUUCUGUUUCAGGUACAGCCACACAGUCUAGUGGACCACAUUAUUAUUGAUACACACAGAAAGGGAGGCAGAAUAUUAGAAAACCCUGAUUAUAGUACAGCCCAAUACAAAUAGUGGCUUUAGUAAUUAUGGCAGAGCAGCUAUACAGAUUGCAUAAGACUGCACAGUUUUCACCACUAACUAAUUUCUGCACAUACUGUUCAUUUAUGGUGGAUAAAUGUUAUCAAUGCUGGAAAAGCAGCUUUUAAUGAUAAGAUGGAAGGAUACUUUUCCUGGCACCCAGCAGUGAGCUGAGAUCACGGUUCAGCAUUAGCUCAAAGGCGCGUUGCACUCGGUGUUAGUAAAGCCAAUCCACCCCUUCAGCUAUCACAAAGCAGACCAUUAACGAGGAUUUUUUUUUUUUAGAUACUCUUCUAAUUAACAUACUAACAUUUUAACCCGUCUUAGUUUAUAAUUGUGAAAUGGAUAGUGUGUGACUGAUUUUGUUGCCCCGGUGGCUGCUUAAUAAUGUGGUUCUUCUGUUCUGUGAAUUAGUCCUCUUACCCCAUGCCCCCCCUCCCUUGUAGUUUGAAACCUAUUUAUAUGCAUUCCACUGAAAAGCUACCUGCUGUGAAGCACCUCACACUCUAUUGAAGGUACAGGAUUUGUUGUCGCUAGCCAGCUGUGUUGUGUUGUCCCACACUUUCCAAAGGCAGCCGCUCUCUUUGACUUUUUUUUCCCUUCACAGUAGGAAGUGAAGUGUAGACAGCAGCCUCUGCAAGUGACUGCAAACCACGAUUUUUGUGUUUUCCAAAUCUAAGUAUGUGCUUAUGUCCUCAUGGAUGUUCCCCGUGAUCACAGGAUCCCAAACAGUGCCAGUCAUCACUUUUCUAAUAUUUACUUUUUGAAAAACAAAAAAGUCCAAAAAAUGUUUUU